AUGUAGUAAUAUUUUAGUCGGAGUGAAGACGCGGGAAGGGACACACACUCUUCAAAAUCCUGGGAGUAGAAUAGUAUGGCUGUCACUGGGGAUGAAACAGAAACAGGCUCCGCAGGUGAGCUCACGGGCACCAGCUCCAUCCUCACGCUGGCUGUGCCACAGACUAGUACUUACAGCUUGAAGAAGACUUUCGAGGAUGUGUCACAGAAGAGGGAACACCGCUUGAUGAAGAAUAGGGAAGCCGCCCGUGAGUGUCGACGAAAGAAGAAAGAAUAUGUUAAGUGCCUGGAAAAUCGUGUGGCGGUGCUCGAAAAUCAAAACAUGACUCUGAUUGAGGAGCUUAGAGCCAUGAAAGACAUCUAUCGACACAAAAUUGAGUGAUCUUUUUCCUCUGGAAGAUGGGGAGAAAAGAAAGGACGAACGACCACAAAAGCCCACUGCAAAACACGUUUGCCAAGCGAGCCCGCAAAUCCCUUUGGCUUCAUUUCUGUGAUUUUCACGCACCAACAUCAGCUAACACAACAUGCUCGUUCAUGUCAGUCAAGAUCAUGUGUGUUGAAACAACGACGAGAACGAAUGAACCAUGCAACGAUUCAAUUGUUGGGAAAUGUUCCUUGUAACCACUUGCUGUAUAUUCAACUAUGUUGCAUUCAAAUUUGACCUUGAUCUGAUCCUAGGUUGGACAAAGCCAGGGAUUGUUGAUAUAUUCUUCCAUGGAGCUUGUUUGGAUUUUUUUUUUAACCAAUCAUCUAAUGUAAUUUAGAUCGCUGGGGAUCAGUAUAGCACAAUGUGUUUAUUGUAGUGUUUAUUCUACAGUAUGACUUUUCUUCAUAUUCACUGCUCUGUUUUCUCCCUUUUUGUGUUUAAAUAACAGUCAUUGGCUCAUUUGGGUAAAAAAAAACCAAAAAAAAAACGUGCAUCACAUCGCAUUUAGAGUUCCCUGGGGGCCUGGCCUGAGACAUGAUGAUGGGGACACUGGGUGAAUCCAGUCCCCUUACCCUACCCUCUCUUGGGGACUGGUCGAGGCACUUUGGUCGGGCAAGGGGACAGCCCUGGGUCUUGGGAAGUGGGUGGCGUCCCCCUGACUGGGUCUUCACAGCACAGCAACUCCGUACACAUGUUGACUAACAUGCAUGUGAUAAGGUGUUCAUUCCCUCAUAAAUUCUAUAGAUACCCUAUAGAGCUCGUGCACGUGACGUCACAGUUUGCAUGGUGCCAUAUUGCCAGUCCUAUCUAGCUGCUCUGCACUGCAGGAGCCGUUGAACCAGAGCAGAUUUUUCAGAUUGCCUGAGACCCGUUGUGCUGUUGGUUAUCACAACAGACAAGAGAUAUUCAAAGAGAUCGUUCUUUGGAAUACCAUCUGAAAAGACCAGAAAAUAUCGGUGGAUUUCGGCAAUUAAACAUGAUGGACGGUGCCUAACCAAAAUACACACAUGCCUGUGUAGCGAUCGCUUCAUUUCAGGUAGGAAUUAUUCUUCUCAAUCUCAAAUUACCAAGAAGUAUUUAUAAUAGGGUUAGGGUUAGUUGUUGGCUCAUUUGAGAAGAAUGCAUAUUUAAAAAAAGAAAAUAAACCGUCUGUCGCAGCAGAGAGGUUUACGGAGGUUAACGUGUGGCCGCAAUCGCUUCUGUGUACGUUCCGUGGAGAUGACUCCGUCCUCUUUUUUUUUCAAUCAUAGUUAAUGAAUGCAAGUUUUUGUAAAACCAAAGGUCAUUUAUUUAAAUGUUGGUAUUUAUUUUGAGUACCAUCUGAAAAGAUCGAUGGAUUCCAGCAAAGGUUACCGUGUAGCCGAAUACGCGUUCACGAGCUGUCAAUGUCAAUGCCUAUGUUGGAUUUAUUCCAACAAAGUAUUUGUAUGCGUCCAGACUUUUCUGUGUAAAUCUCGACGAUUUACUCACCAGAAACCUGUACAUGUUGUCCAUGACAAGUGGAAGUGAAUUAACAGUCCAAUUUCUUAUCGGCGAAAACAUCGACUUUGGCAUUAAAUAUGGGUCCUCUAUGCCAAGUGGCUCUCAUUUUUCCACGUACCUUCUUUUAUUAUCACCUUCUAAAUGUUUAACGGUAUCGGAAAAAAUUCUGGGCGUUGUGCUAUUAGACAUAUUUUCGUUUCGUCUCAAUGGACUUAGCAUUGAACAAUGCUUUGUUUGACAGGCAAUAUGGCCAGUCACGUGUUUCGGUGAUGUAGGAGCACGAGCUCUAUCGGCCUUAAUUGCUUGUGCUAGGACCACUAUCAUUAACACAUGUAGUACUCGGAUAUCAAUAUCAUGUUCAGACAUUAAAAGCAUUUGAACACACCACUCAUCAGUAGCAAUGCCUUGCUCAUGUCCUAGUUCCUGUCCUACCCUGCCUUUUUCUGUCCUCUCUCAUCUUGUCCGAUCGGUUCGGUGUUUCGAGUCCUCACCUGCCUGAUGCACCCCCCCCUCCACAAAUUAGAACGCAAUUUGACUUUAUCACGUUACUUGCAGUGAAAUAGCUAGACUGUCUAAAUAUUAUUCUGCUGGGUUUCACACCCCUAUGCCAUUUGUCUGUUCUGUCCCUCAAUAUGUCUCAUAAAAGGUUUUUCUGUCUCACUACAUGUUCAAGAAACAUCAGAAAAAUUAAAAAACAAGCAGAGGGGGUAUUUCAAACUCCCCUGUUGCACAGCAAAAAUUGUUCCAAAAAAAAAAAAAAACAAAAACAUGCAGAUCCAUCGUGCUGCAUGGCCAUCUAGCUGAACAGGACAUUUAAAAAAAAUAUAUAAAUACACAUAAAUAACAAAAAAAUAAAGAGGAAAAAGUCCAUUUCAUAUUGUGUUAGCUUUUGACAAACCCAAAAUUCUAGCAUGUUAGCAUCUCAAGUUUUACACACAUAGUACACAUGGCUACAUGCAAAUAUUAUUUCCGUCACUCAUAGUGCUUUGUGUUUGAACUGAUAGAUUGUGCAGGAUUUGAAUAUCCAUAGUCAUGUACAUCAUUUUUAGAACGUAUGCAUCAUUAUUGUAUUUCAUCCUGCUUUUACCAACAAAUAACAUCUAUUGUGAUGUCUUUUUUUAACUACUAAAUAUUAAUAUAUGACUUCUCUAUGAUUAUACUUUGCCUUUAAAAACAACAUUUCGGGUUAUCGCGUCCAAUCCAUUUUUCAUAGAUUAUACUAAAGCUCACUUAAUGUUCAUGGUAUUCGGAAAAUUUACACAGUCU